GGAUUCCUUCCUCGUCAACCUAUGAUUGUAUAUUCACGUGCUGUUCGUAGGGCUGUUAACGCCAUAUCGCAGCCAGUGAAUUAGAUAAAUGAAGUGAUUUACUGCUUUUUGAAGUCUGAAGCGUGCAUUUUGGCUUCGAGAAGAUGAUGGGUGCGUUAUAAAUAGUGGAAAUUUUAAUGUUCAUGUUCAGUUGCAGAUCCCUUGUUUGGACCAAGCGAGGUGACACCCACUGCAGCAAUGGGUGUAAUUGAUCCUUGUACACAGGCAGCUUAUCAAACUGAAAAUGAUCUUUUUCACCCAUGUGAGGUGUCACCUCAAGUUUUUAUGGACGUUUCUCAUGAUCCUUGUACUUCUGGACAGGUGUAAGAAGCCAUUCUGGGAGAUGAAUCUGCGCCUUCGGUGUGUGGUAUGUGCAUGAUAUUCCUG